AUGAUUGAAGAUUGUGGGAAAAGAGGCGCUACCAUGGCAGAAAGGAGGCAGCUGUUUGCAGAAAUGCGGGCUCAAGAUCUGGAUCGUAUCCGUUUGUCCACUUACCGAACAGCAUGUAAGCUUAGAUUUGUGCAGAAAAAAUGCAACUUGCAUCUGGUUGACAUUUGGAAUGUUAUAGAAGCAUUGCGGGAAAACUCUUUGAACAACCUGGACCCAACUAUAGAGCUGAAUGUGGCUCGACUAGAAGCUGUGCUUUCCACUAUUUUUUACCAACUCAACAAACGUAUGCCAACAACCCACCAGAUUAUCGUUGAACAAUCUAUCGGUUUAUUGCUCAACUUUUUGCUGGCAGCUUUUGAUCCAGAAGGACAUGGAAAAAUAUCUGUGUUUGCUGUCAAAAUGGCCUUGGCAACACUUUGUGGAGGAAAGAUUAUGGAUAAAUUAAGAUAUAUAUUCUCAAUGAUUUCAGACACUGGUGGGAUAAUGGUGUAUGGAAAAUAUGACAUGUUUUUGCGAGAAGUUCUUAAACUGCCCACUGCAGUCUUUGAAGGUCCUUCUUUUGGUUAUACAGAACAAUCUGCAAAGUCUUGUUUUUCUCAACAGAAAAAAGUUACACUGAAUGCUUUUUUGGAUACUCUUAUGUCUGAUCCUCCACCACAAUGUCUUGUCUGGUUGCCACUUCUACACCGACUGGCAAAUGUUGAGAAUGUCUUCCACCCUGUUGAGUGUUCCUAUUGCCAUAGUGAGAGCAUGAUGGGAUUUCGCUACCGAUGCCAGCAGUGUCACAAUUACCAGCUCUGUCAAGAUUGCUUCUGGAGGGGACAUGCCAGUGGUUCCCAUAGCAACCAACACCAAAUGAAAGAAUACACGUCAUGGAAAUCACCUGCUAAGAAGUUAACUAAUGCACUUAGCAAGUCUUUAAGCUGUGCUUCCAGCCGUGAACCCUUGCAUCCAAUGUUCCCUGAUCAGCCUGAAAAACCUCUAAACUUGGCACAUAUAGUGCCUCCUAGACCAGUAACCAGCAUGAAUGACACACUAUUCUCCCACUCUGUUCCCUCAGGAAGCCCUUUCACAAACAGAAGUUUACUUGACAGCCCGAACCGUCUUGAUGAAGAACAUAGACUGAUUGCCCGGUAUGCAGCAAGACUGGCAGCAGAGACUACUUCAUCACAGCCACAACAGCAACCACAACAAAGAGGUGCUCCAGAUAUUUCAUUCUCUAUUGAUGCAAAUAAGCAACAACGACAGCUUAUUGCAGAACUUGAAAAUAAGAACAGAGAAAUCUUACAAGAGAUUCACAGACUACGGCUUGAACAUGAGCAGGCAUCUCAGACCACCCCAGAGAAGGCAGCACAAAACCCUACGCUCCUGGCAGAACUUCGCCUCCUGAGACAGAGGAAAGACGAGUUGGAACAGAGGAUGUCAGCUCUUCAGGAAAGCCGAAGAGAACUCAUGGUUCAGUUAGAAGGCCUCAUGAAACUACUCAAGACCCAAGGGGCAGGCUCUCCUCGCUCAUCUCCCAGCCACACGAUCAGUCGGCCAAUUCCAAUGCCUAUCAGAUCUGCAUCUGCCAGCUCAACUCCAGCCCACACACCACAAGAUUCUCUGACAGGGGUGGGAGGAGAUGUGCAAGAAGCUUUUGCGCAAGGUACAAGAAGAAAUUUAAGAAAUGACUUGUUGGUAGCUGCUGAUUCAAUCACCAAUACCAUGUCUUCUCUGGUGAAAGAGUUAAACUCAGAAGUUGGAAGUGAGACAGAAAGUAAUGUGGAUUCAGAGUUUGGUCGGACUCAUUUUGAUGAUCUUGUUCCAUCACCAACUUCUGAAAAGGCUUUCCUGGCACAAAUCCAUGCCCGGAAGCCAGGAUAUCUUCACAAUGUAGCUGCUACUGGAACCAUUCGCAGUGACCUGGUUACAGAGGAUGGAGAUGCUUAUGUUAGAGCUGAUGAUGAGAACUACGAAAAUGAUUCUGUCCGCCAACUAGAGAAUGAACUCAAGAUGGAGGAAUAUUUGAAGCAGAAACUGCAAGAUGAAGCUUAUCAGGUCAGCUUACAAGGAUGAGUAACCAUCCUUGUAUCACUCUCCUCUCAAGAAAGCUGCAGUCAAAUGGAUAAUGAAAGUGAUGUAAAAACUGAAGAGGGGAAGGAGAAGAAGGAAGAGGAGGAAGAGGAGGAAGACAACACUCAGACUAAUGACAAAGAUAGCCUAGCUGCCAGCUUCAACGAAGAAGUGAAAAAUCAAGUGCAGCCUCACUAACCAACUAGGUCUCCAGACUGUAGCACAAUUAUUUUGUUUGCCAAGUUCUAGUUUGUAGGUGUUUUAUUUUUGAAGAUUAAAAAACCAUGAUUUUUAUUUAAAGCUAAAUUAUAUCAGCUGCAUCAUAUGUAACAUGGCUUAUUAUUGAUGAAGAACACUGGAUAUACUAACAAAAUACAAACCCUUUGCACAUACUUUUAAACCUGUUCAGUUUACAAUGACAGUACUGUUUAUAUUAGGAGUUUGAUUUCCAAAUAAUUUGAGGUUUUAGAACAUUUUCAUACACACUGUAUAUUGUUUUUCCAUGGAGGGAAUUUUAAAAGUAUAAUGAUGCAUUUAUCAUUGAAUAAAUAUACUCCUGUGUGUACAUAUUUAUAGCCCAAAAAUGAACUAUAGUUGCAAUACUAAACCCAAACAUACUUGCAGAAUUCUUACAGAUACUACUAGGAAUUGCACACAUGUUGAUAUUACAAUAUUGCAUCUUUGGAUAGCAAUUUGUUUUUAAUAUUACUGCAAAAUAAAUACAUGAAAAUUUAAAAACAAACUUGUACAAAAUGCACUAAGAAGUAUCUCUAUGACUUAGGGCUACUACAUAGCUUAACGAAUGUUUUCUUUCAAAAUAUAAUCUAACAAAUCAGCCAUAGAAGUUAGUGUAAAUAUUUUCUUUCCAAAUAGAAAUCAUAUACAAAAGACAACAUUCAAAUUAUAUAGAAUCUAGUUUUUAAAAUCAGUACAGAUCUUCUUAAAACUGUGAACUAUGUUUUGAAAUACUCGUUACUAAAGCUGUUUAUAAACCACAGGUGCCAUAAAAUCCCUAAACUAAUUGUAUAAUCUUCAUUGUAUUAUUUUGUUGCAGUUUUAGAACUUUCUUUCACAUUAUCUCCAUCUUUCAUAUCUUGUUGGUUGAGGCCUUCAGCUUUAAAUGUACAGGCUUUAAAAGAUUGCUUGCAAUUACUUUCUUCUCUUAUUUUUGAAUGUGCAUUGCCUUAGUCAACCAUCAGUUGUUUUGUGUGCGUUCUUGGAAAUGGGCCAGGGGUAUUUGCAGGGUAUUGUCAAAAAAUCAAGAUGGCUGCCAUGCACAUCUUGCAAUGUACAUAAACAGGCAGAACGUUUAUCACAUUAUCAUGGCUGCCAUUUUGCCUUUUUUUAAUCUUACCCUCUGGACACUCCUGGAAUGAGUAGAGAGACUUUCUUCAGGGGCCAAAUGGGGUAAACUGCUAAAUAUGAAAAGCACAUGGCGGGGGGGAU